AUGAAGAAUCCAGCCAUAACUUCAGAUCUCAACCAGUUGUCGUUGUGUUUUUUUAUCAAACUUGUUCAAGACCAAGGGAAGCACAUAGUUGUCAGCUAUGCCCGUGAACAUAGCAAUGACAUGAUUGUCGAAAUUUUUCCAACACGAACACAAUUUACUGUUGGAAACAAGUUGUUCGGGUAAUGCUGCGAAUAUUUUUAAGAAGUCAGUUGGAGAAUUUCUUAAUCGAACCACAAUAAGUUAUUAUACAGGAAAUGCUACGAUCGACUUCUUCCUAACGCUUGGAGAGAGAAAGUUAAACAUACAAACAAAAGGAAAGCGUUAAGCUUCUUUCUCUUUUCUUAUCAUGAUUUAAAUACCAAAUAUGUUAAUCUUUGACAUAAAAAAAAAAAAUCUGGACUUAUUUUCCUUGCGCUUUGCAAGUAACUAUUCGGAUCACUAUUCUCAGUGGGGCUCAAGAGUCGUCUUUAAAGUGACGAGGACUCGCUUUUUACGGUUCUACCCAUAAAAGGAUGGGGUUUCUUAACCGACUCGGCUUUCAAAAUAGUAGCUCAGAUGAUACUUUGAUUUAAACAUUUUAUAAGAGAGAAAGAUCCUUUUCGUCUUGUCACGAGCGUGGGACAAAGAAAAAAAUUUGAGUUCCCAUGAGGAAUCGAACCUCAGACCUUCGGAUUCCGCGCACCCAGCCAUAGAGACUCUACAUUGAGUGAGGUCUCUAUUUUAUAAGUAAUUGCAUGAAUAAGAGAUUAACUGAGUGAAUGAAAACACUGAACAAAUCGAAGCUUGAAUGUAUGAACGAUUAAGUCAUAGAUAAACGAUUGAUUGACUGAUUGACAGGCCACUUACAAAUUACUAUAAACUGACUGACUACGGACUAACAGACUGAAUAGCUCUCUUGACUGACUUGGCGACAAUGAAAAAGGAGGGUCUUGAAUGAUCAGUUAUAUUUAAUAUUGUUUGCUUUUUGUUUUGUCCUGUUUUUGUUUUGUUUCUGUUUUUUUGUUCGUUUGUUUUGUUUAUUGUUUUGUUUUGUUUGUUUUUCAGUUUUACCUCGACAAAUCUCUACGAUGAUACCUGGCAACACCUGUGUCUCACCUGGGAAAACACUCAAGGAGUAACGAAACUCUAUAAAGAUGGUCAAUUUACAGAACAGGUAACGAAUCAUGCCUCCAAGAAUUACGCACUUAAGGCUGGCGGCUUCCUGGUGCUUGGACAAGAGCAAGACUCUAUUGGCGGACGCUUUGAUCGUGAGCAAACUCUUCAUGGCCGAUUGGCAAGUGUCAACAUGUGGGAUAAAGUUCUCUCUGAAAGCGACAUUGCCGCUCAGUACACAAAUUGCAGCGUACCUUAUGGUUCUGUUAUUAACUGGACUGUAUUCAAAAAUCUUACUCGUGGCAAUGUUGCAGUUGAAGAGCCGUGA